UCUGGUCAAGAGCUCACCAUCUGCAGAAUAAGGACCAGAACUUUACAGAGGUAAACUGUGUCAGUUCUUUUACUAUUACAGCAGUUCAUCGUGGCCCUGUAGUUCGCCUCCUUCACCAAAGCUCUGUCAGGGACCUACAUGAAGAGUGCCAUCACUCAGAGAGACACUUUGACCUGUCCUGCUCUCUCAUCGGACUCAUAGACAGCAGCUUUGAGAUGGGUUUCAACAAUAACAUUGAGUUGCUUGAGAAUUAAUGUAGUAAAAACCAGAUACAGACUACAGUAACCUGCUGUUCCUGGCUGUGGUCAGCCAUUUUGGGGCGAAGCUGCACCGGCCCAGGUUCAUUGCUAAGGGCUGUUUCCUCAUGGCUGUAGGAUCCUCCCUCACAGGCCUGCCACACUUCUUCAUGGGACGGGAGAAAAUCAAGUGAGUUUGACAAACUCCAGAAGGAGAACUCACAGAUGAAGAGCGUCAUCGAAAACCUGAGGAAGCAAAACAUGGCUUUAAACCAACAGGAUGACCAGGACAAGUUUUCAAGUUUUGGCUAUCAGGAGAGCUACCCAAUCGCAGAGGGCCAUCGUGGCUUCAUCAGUGAUGCCAGACUUCUGCAGAUGCAGAGAGCUGAAAGAGAGGCCAUGGAAGCAAAGCAAAGAAAGAUAAGUGCUAUCCAUGAGAAUUAUGUCCGGACUGCUCUCAUCGGGGUUGGCAGCACCUUCGCGCACCACUUCGUUCCCUCUAUUCAGUGCAUUCCGCGGCCGAAAGCUCCACCGAGGCCUUUGCCACGAAGGCUUGAGCACAUAGCUCUGGCCCCACUGAAGAACGUGGUGGGGGUGGACGGAGCCCAAGUUCGACCCGGAUCUCACUCUCUGGAGUCCAUCCAGGUAAAUAAGUCAUUCAGCAGCAGUAGCGUGUGGCCUGUUCCCGUCCCUCCCACUGCAGCUCCCUCCAAGAGGGGAAAGAAGAAGAAGGGCAGGCGGGGAGUCAAAGCCCUGAAAGUCCAGUCGGACCAGGGCUGUGCUGACAACAACGGACCCAUUGACCUGAUGGAGGAGGUGAGGGACAUCGAGGCUCACCUGAAGGAGGAGGACUGGAAGGUGGUACAUGAGGUGAAGGCCAUGGGCAGGAGAAGUUUGGGCUCGGCCAUGUCCACGGGGGAAAUAGCAACCAGCUCUCUGGGAAGCCUGAGCUCAGUGGAUAUGAACACCCCUGCGGAGCUCCGUGACUACUUGGAUGUCGGGACCCCGGUCAAGUCGCUUGACAGCCCACCCAGGCCUGCUCCCGCCCCUACCAAGCCCAGGAGCAAACAGCCUCGGCCUAUAAGGUUCCUUAGCCUGCCAAAGGCUGCCACCGGCUCAGACAAGAUGGCAGCCAGUGAGCCAAAGGGUCAAAUUAAGAACCAGGCCAGAUUGCAGCCCCUGUCCAACCCAGAGCAGGCCCUGACUAAGACCUUCAAGCUGCUCCACUCUGCCUCUGAUGACUGGGAGAAGAAGAUCGAGGGCUUGACCUUUCUCCGUGUGAUGUCUCAGAACCACAUGGACAUACUGAUGCCUAAACUCCAUGAUAUCUGUCUUGCCAUUAUAAAUGAGGUGAAGAACCUGCGCUCUGCAGUGUCCUGUGCUGCCAUGGCCACACUGGGUGACAUGUACGUCCACCUCCAGAGGGCCAUGGACAGUGAGGUGGAGGGGACGGCACGCGUGCUGCUGCACAAAGCCAGCGAGGCCAACGCCUUCAUCCGGCAGGGCGCCAACUCUGCCCUGGGUCACAUGGUGCAGAGCUGCACCCCUACACGUGUCAUGAAUGCCCUGCUGGUCGGUGGGCUGAGCCACCGUAACGCUGCGGUGAGGAGCUGCACUGCUCAGCACCUGGAGAGACUGGCUGAGGUCAUGGGGACGGCUCGUCUCCUGUCGGGGAAGAAAGACCUCACUGACCGUUUCUUGAUUGCCGUCAGUAAACUGGCUGUGGACCCUUCACAGGAAGUCAGGCAUCAUGGUCGCAAUAUCUUGAGCAACAUGGCCACCAAUGGCGACUUUCCUAAAAUGUGGGACAAAUUCGCUCCGAGGAAAGAGAGAGAAUCCUUGAGGGAGGUCAUCUCAAAGGUUAACCUCAAAGAAAGGUACAUUCUCUCUGGAUGAUUAGAAGAAGUGUAACAAAUGAGCUGAUAUGAUUACAGAAAUCCAAUCCCACUGGGCACAGAAAUCAGAUCCAUGUCUAGUUUGAUUUAAAUUUGGGAACUCAACCAAAAUGUGAAAUCAACCAAAAAUGCUGGUUAAAAGUUGGGUGAAAAAAUCCAAUUGAGUUUUCAGCGUUGAUUCACCGUCAUCACAUAGAUUUUCUUGUUGUUGAAAUGAGGUGGAAAAGUUUAUUCAACCAGUUUUGGCCCAAAGGGAUGAAUUUAAUAUACUUGUCACAACUCUUACCGAAGGUGGCUCCCCUUCCGUUCGGGUG